AUGACACAUUCCUCCUACUCAGACUCAACCUCCUCCUUCAACAACAGCAAGAUCAAUGCUUCAGGCAAUAUAUGGGAACCGUUUGAUGGAUGUGAGGAAAUGCCUGCUGGUCUUCUAUUUGACUUAGGAGUGCAGAUUUUCAAUGUUUUUCUGGGUAUACCAGCCAACAUAAUGGUCAUGUGGCUUUUACUGAAACACAAAAAUGAAUCCUCCACUUCAGAUAUCUUCAUUUUUAACCUCGCUGUUCUAGAUGGACUUUUUGGCUGCAUGAUCCCUCUGGGCCUAAUUAAUAUAUAUGUGCUUCAAAGCAAUGAUGCCAAGGCUGCUCAGAGGUUUGCCUAUGGUAUAAAAGAUAUGGGAAGUCCCCUGUUUCUUUCCUGUAUCUGUUUAGACCGGUACAUAGCUGUGCUGCACCCCAUUGCUUUCACAGGCCUCAAAGAUCACAAAUACAGAGCAGGCCUGUCAGUGGUGGUGCUGGCCAUCACGUUAGCCUACUCCAUCACCAAGGCUUUCAAAGGGACUGAGAUUGAGAACUUUGACAAGAUAUUUACUGCCAGCAUCCUGGCUUCCUUUGCAUUCAUGAUCUUCUGUAACAUCUCCAUCCUGUGGGCACUGAAGCGAUCUGGACCAGGGAAAGAUGAGAUGCACCCCAUGAAGAAGAAGGCCUUCAAGAUAGUUCUUUCUAUUCUGGCUACUAUAGUGUUUAAUUACCUCCCACCUGUAGCUCUUUUUCCAUUCCAGAAGUAUUAUGAUGCCAGUGCAUUUACAUGCUACAUCGUGCCUGUAGUCUUCUCCUUCGUCAACAUCAGCAGCAGCACUCAGCCCUUACUUUACUUGUCCAGAGGCAAUGGCAUGGUGGAGUGUCUCUAG